AUGGCAGAGGUAGUUGAAAUUCAUGAUCCCAAAGAGUUUGAAGAUAGACUUGAGGAAAUUGCUUAAGACUAAUAGUUUGUAAUAUGCUAUUUCACAGGUGGAGAGGAUGCAGAUGGAAAGAGUUGGUGCCCAGACUGUGUAGUACACAAAAAAGCUGUUUAGGAGAACAUUAUAAAUUAGAGUUCAGGCAAAUUAUUGAAAUGCUGGGUUUAAACUAGAGAUGAAUGGGUAGGUAAAUCAGAUCACCCUUACAAGGCUAAUCCAGUUCUCAAAGUUAGAGGUGUUCCCUCUGUCUUACUUUUAAGGGAAGGUGAAGUUGUUGCUAGAGCUGAAACUGAUGCUGAUUUCGAAAACACAGAUCUAUUACAAAUGAUUGCCAAACCUGAAUGA